AUGUUUAAUGUAUUCCAUAUUUGUUUAGACGUUGAAAAUUUUUUUGAAGUCCACACUCUUUUCUUUGACACUUGGGAAAUUAUUUCGCUACUUAAUUUUAGCCAAAGGCGACUGAAAUCAUUUGUAGCCCAAGGCAAAAAUUGAUUGCGAAACGACUAACUGAAGCCCUCAUAUUCACAUCUAAACUUGCAUAAUGAAGAUAUGGACAUCGGAGCACACUUUCAACCACCCAUGGGAAACGGUUACACAGGCAGCAUGGCGAAAAUAUCCCAAUCCGAUGACACCAUCUAUAAUUGGGACAGAUGUUGUAGAGCGUAGAGUGGUAGACGGAGUGUUGCACACACACCGCCUGGUUCAGUCGAAGUGGUAUUUCCCAAAAUGGACAAAUUCACUAAUUGGUACUGCCAAAACAUGUUUUGCAAGUGAACGCUCUACUGUGGACCCACAACGUAAACAAAUGGUUCUUAAAACCAUUAACUUAACUUUCUGUCGGCACAUUUCGGUUGAUGAAGUCCUCUAUUACGAACCACAUCCAACAGAUUCAAGUAAAACUUUACUUAAACAGGAAGCAUCCGUCAGUGUGCAAGGCGUUCCAUUGUGUCACUAUAUGGAAGAUAUGCUAACAUCCACCAUAAGCAUGAAUGCGGGCAAAGGUCGUCAAGGUCUUGAAUGGGUAAUUGGACGUAUAAACGCAGAAGUCAAAGGUAUUGCCGAGUCUGCCGAUGAUUUCUUAAUGAAAACAAAACACUCAUUAGAUGAUAUGACUGAAAGUGCUCGUAAAAGCAUGGAUGAAAUCAGUGUGCAAGCUGCCAAAGCAGCAAAACAUAUUCACAUAUAAUAGAUGUGAUUAAAAACAAGAAUUUCGUGAAUAUUGUAUUUGGGGGUAUCCCAACAAAACCGCUACUGUCACAAAAUCGAGUACUUGGAUUGAGACUACUAUCGUACAAAACGAAUUAACCAAUAAAAAAAGUUAUUUAUAAAACA